CAGAGAGAGCGAGGUGGGGCUGGCUGUUGUGAUGCAACUGUCAGCUGUUGCAACUGUUCUACCAAUUGAGCAAUGAGAGGAGCCGGCAGAGCUUGCUCUGUAUACAGUGCUGUACCUACCUCAGGCUAGGCUUCUGUGUUCUGACUUGGAUCUGCUGCAGAGGAAGAUUCCCGAGGCGCGUCCCCAAUAUGCAAAUGGAUAAUCCCUCUCUAGUAAAUACACCGAGGCUGAGUGGAGGGCUAUUUUCAACCAAGUCAUAUAGAAGCCUGAUGUUUACAUAUCGCUCUGCCGGCCUCUGCUGACCCCCUCCAGGCCUCACACCACUCUCUUGUUUACAGCGCUUUAAUUUCCGCACUCCUAGGAAUCCCCAAAGGACUCUCCAAUCAUGUUCCAGCGUUUAACAAGGCUCUUUUUCAGCGAUGUACCUUCCAGCAAUACCAAUGAGCCCAAGCCUAUCAUCUCUGAGGAAGAGGAUGAUGGCUGGCUCAUCAUCGAUAUCCCAGAGAGCUAUGACUUAAACUCAAGCGGGGAAGAUGUGGCACAGGAGCGGGAGUAUAAUACCACCCCUAGCCCUAUGCCCCACUCCCUGGCUGAGAGGAUUGGCUGGUCCAUCCCACCCCACCCUUCCCAGUCUAUGGAUGAGAGCUGGUUCGUUACCCCUCCCCCCUGUUUCACUGCAGAGGCACUUGGGCAGAACGAGUUGGGGACCAGUCCUCUUGAAGACCUUCUAAUUGAGCACCCCAGCAUGUCCGUCUAUAUCACCAAUGGGAGCAUCGUGGUGGAAGAGGACACACGUGAAGCACCCAGAGACAGGUCCCCAUCUAAAACAAGAGUGGAACGUCGCACCCCUCAUCAUGCCACCUCCAACUCUGCCAAAGCUGCUAUCCUGGGUAAAGUAGGCCAGGCCUCCCGGAUCCAACGUGCCAAGGCUCUUGUGGACAGACGCAAGAUGAGCCGAAAGAACUUGCAGCGACAAAACCUGGCACAGGAGAUUCAAGGGCGCUCUGUGACACGACACCGCAACUUUCUGUGCCAACCCAGACAGCGCCAGUGCAACCACUGAUCCUUCCCAACAGCUGUUUACAUAAAAGUGGGCAUUAUCUCUACCUAUAUUCUUCUUCUCCUGUCUAUUGGGUUGGCAUCAACCUCUCUGGCUUCUACUACCCUCAUCUUUCAAGAUCAAAGAAAAUUCAUCGCCCUCCAAUUCUUUGGUAAUAAACACACCCAGCACAGAUGGAAUGCUAAAAGUCCCUUGAGGUCCUGGCAAAGAUGCAGAGACUUUACCACUCAAUAAAGACCUCUGAGCCCUUAGAAAGUUUCUAUAGCUUCCAGACUGCCUUUGAAGUCAGCAUUGUAUAAUACCUUGUAGCCUGCUCAUCUAAAAAUCAGUCACCCCCCCCCAUCCUUUCCAGUUAUCCGUACACUUUAUCAGCUGAAGGUCAGAGCUAGGACAGAGUUUGUUUUUUUAAUAUAAUUGUUUUUAAAAUGGGGUUGGUUAGUUGUAUUGUGGGAAGCCACCCAUGCAAAGUAAGUAUUCUAAUUGUUACCAGGAAAAAGGUGCUAUGUACAUAUUAAGAGCUCACCACUGAACAAAACAGAGGUCAUUUUCCUCCAAAAAUUCCCCUCUAAAUUCCAGUAACCUACCAGAUGUAAUGGGUAAACAAAACGGCCACACUAAUGGCAACCAAGUUUGUGGUUCAGGUUGCAGGUUGAAGAGAGCAGGCGGAAGUAGUAUAAAGGGUUAAUAGCUAGGAGGGAAUGGAAUUCUGGGAAGAGAGGUAUUUCAUAGGGUGUGGGGUUUUCAAUCAGUGAUGUAAUUGGGAAUCAGAGUAACAUGACUGCCAGGGUUGCUGUAACUAUUUCGACAUUGAUUUUAGAGGGCGAGGAAAUCCACCCAUUCCACCGCAACUCCUCGUUAAUUUUAUUUUGGCCAUUCCACCAUCUUUUCUGCACUUGUACAGUGGAAUCCGUUGUACCUUUUCUACUGAAUAUUAAAUGGAAGGUACAUCCUUGUUUUAAA